CCCACAUCUAAAGAAAAAAAACUCAGCCGCCUGCGCCUAGGGUUCCGCCCCCAUGACCGUCGCCGAGCCGGAGAUGCCGGCGUCAGAGCGCAGGCUCGUGGCCCUCGCCAGGUGGGACGCGCUCAUCUUCCUGUAUUACGGGAUCGUUUGGGUCGGCAUCGCGGCGUCCCUCGCCAAGGUCAUCGCGCGCCGCGCUCUGGGCGAGGUCGAGGGUUCCGCCGUUCUCGCGGCGGCGUCCUGGCUCUCCCACCACUCCCUUAUCUUCGCUGCUCUGUUCACCCCCGUUGCCUUGAUUCUCGUCGGCGCGACCGGAGUGCGCUCCGCGCACAACACCAGGAAGGAUAUCAAAGAGCCCCCGAAAACUCUUCGCCAGGUUGCGCAGAUGAUGCUCAAGGAUCCUGUCAUUGUUGGAGCGCUUGUUUUGCUGGUCUUCCUCCCGCUCAUAAGUCAUGAAGAUUUGGUGGUCGGUCUGUUGCCUGUGAAAGAAUCUCAGAGGGAACAUGUUCGUUCAGUAUUGAGGGAUGUGGGGUCAUUGGGUGUCGGUGCAGUAUUUUGUUUCAUCAUGUUACCCACUACGGUGCUGAGGCAGUGGAGGAUGAAGUAGAGAGUUAUGUGGAUGUGCUGUUGAGACAUAACGCUGAACAGAUGGUGUUAAUAUGGGCAAGACAAAUACAAGAGUCGACUCUUUGCUGAAGUUUGUGGCCGCAUAUAAGUACUGGAUUAUUGUUAGUUAGUUACAUGUAUUCACGACUGUAGAUUGAUCCGCUGCUAGUAUCGAAUACUCCAUGUGCUAGGAGCUCUCGUAAUUUGACAUUGUGGUGUUGAAGUGUUUAUUUGCUGCUGGGAAGCCUGGAAUACAUGACCAGACAAGUCAGGGGUAGCACCCUCUCCGAGGACAGUGCUUUUUUAGGCAUAUGUUUUUUGCCAUGUUGGCAGUGUUAUGUUUGAUGACAACCAUUUCUUCGCAAGCGGUUGGCCCUGUGGCAGUUAUUGUAGAAUGUUAUGUUUGUAGCGAUCAUGGAUGUUACCGAUCUACAGAGUUGUGGAAAACAGUUUUUUGUAUCAUUCUUCGGAUUGCUUGCAUCGAAAGAAUGCACUCAAAUUAGAGCCCAGAAGUAUUUGAACAUGGCCA